AUGGACGAGUGGAAAAGCUACGAAAAGAAUGCUGCACUCCCGAAGAGGAUGAAGUAUGCCAACCUGCUUUACACGAAAUGGACAAAAGAGGAACUCGUGACUUGCCAACUGUACACAAUUCUUACUGGGGCCGUCGAUUCUACCGACUCCGUCUUAUGUGUAGCGUUGAUUCAGCUAGCAAAAUUCAAAGAAGUUCAGACGAACGCGUAUUUGGAAGCGAGACGCGUGAUUGGACUAGAUUACGAUAACACGCUAAGCAUCGCGGAUAUCAAUAAGUUGAAAUAUAUCGAAAUGGUUAUCAAAGAAUCGAUGCGACGAAUCUCACCUACUCCCGUGCUCACGAGAAAGGUUGGAGAGGACCUAAAUUUGGGAAAUGGGUUCAUGAUUCCAAAAGAUACGAGCGUAUUCAUCCCUCUCCAUCUACUCCAUCACAAUCCGGAACUCUUUCCUGACCCGAAUGCCUUCAUACCGGAGCGAUUUUUACCCGAAAAUGUGGAAAAACGACAUCUUUACGCAUACCAACCGUUCGGUGGUGGACCGAGGAACUGUAUUGGAAAAAAGUAUGCCAUGAUGGAGCUGAAGUUUGUCUUGGCGAAACUACUCUACAAAUUUGAGGUGAUCUCGUCCAUGAAAAAUCUGGACGACUUAAACCUCGAGUACACUCCAUUCACCAAGAUUCGCGGCGACUUUAGGAUUGGGUUACGCCAACGUCGCGACAUUUAAAUUUUUUCUUUGCAGAAUUUGGGCGAUAAUUGUCAUUUAAUAGGAAAGGAAAAUUUCCAGCGAGACUGUGAAUGAAGUUAGAUGAAUAAAUUAUUAGUU